AUGUGCCAUUGCCUUCACCGUUUCCGGCGAAAUCCUCUUGUCGUCAACUGUAAACCCUAAGCCCUAAAUGUGGAGGAAUCUGAUGCCGUCUUUUUUGUUGUGUUGCAAUUGGGUUUGUCUGUCUUGACCUGAAAAUCUCGGAUCUGUCACGAGGUGGGCUUUGUUUGUUGAAACCUCCGUGUUCUGAUUUCGUAACUGAGCGAUCAUGGGAAAACAGUGUGAAGUAUGCAAGGAUGCAGAGUCCAAAUACAAGUGCCCAAUUUGCUUAACACCUUACUGUUCUCUGGUUUGCUACAAGAAGCAUAAAGAAAUACCAUGUGCAAAGCCAAAUGCAAAUGGAAAUAAUGCCGAGAAGAUAGUCGAUGAGCAACCCGCAUCAGUAGCUGAGGAUGCUGAUGAGUCUAAUCAUCGCUUGAAGCGUACACAGCUUGAGGCUGUUGCUGCUUCAGAAGAAAUUCGUAAGAUGCUUAGGGAUCGAGAUCUACAGGAGCUCAUUUCUAAGAUCGAUUCUUCAUCCAAUCCCAAACUGGAACUAGAGAAAGCGAUGGAAGGACCCUACUUUCGAGAGUUCACAGACAAGCUAUUGUCCGUUAUAAACCCGUUAGAUGAUGCAUCAGCUACUCACUUGUAAUCGUAUGCAAGGGCGCCUUCUCAUCGUACGUUGAGAAUGUCUUCACAUCAGUUGGGAAAGAUUUGAAAUUAAAUGAGUUUACUUGGUUUGUGCUUGAAGAUAAAUUUUAAACUGGCUGUGGAUAAACGGGUGGCUAGGUCCAUGAACCACAUUGCAUAGGCUGCUGAGACAAUUUGCAUAGAUGUGGAUACAUGUGAGGCUUCAUGCAAUAUCAAUCGCAUGAUGCAGAAGUUUUGUAGUUUAGAUUUCAGGGAAGAAAGAGUACAGUGAGUAUUUUCUCUGGUUGGAGUUGGCUCGUAGAGAUUCUCAACUCUUUGUAUAACCAUAUUUGGAACUGAGAUAAUGUUGGUUUGGUGAGAGCUGUUUGGAUGCCA